AUGAGGAUCCUGCCUGGACAGGCCAUUGUGUGGGCUGUUUCUGACCAAGUGAUUGUUCCAUUCUUUGGCAAAAGCGUGCUAGCUGUUUUGGCCACUUUAGAUUCCCUUAAAUUAGUGGUAAUGUCGAGUGAGGGACAGUUCUCUUGUCCCUGGCAAAAUGCAAAUCACAAUAAAAAGGAAAUGGAGUUUUCUUUUCUGCAGCUCACCAUCUCCAUAAUUGCCUUAGCCGCCAUUGCCCAAACAUCUUUCGUACAAUCCGCCUGUGACUCUGAUUGCGUUAAAGGGUUUGUUGCUGCACAUAACGCGGCCCGACAAACUGUUGGAUCUCCACCUGUUAACUGGAACUCCACCUUAGCAGACAUCGCCGAAUCCUAUGCCGCCAAGAGGUCUGCUGACUGUGUGCCGCAGAACUCUAACGGGCUGUAUGGGGAAAACAUUGCGGUGGCCUCUGCCGAAUUGUCUCCGGCGGAUUCCAUGAAGUUGUGGAUGGGUGAGAAGAAGGACUAUGACCACGCAUCGAAUUCUUGCACCAGCGGCAACAAUUGCCGCUCUUAUACGCAGGUGGUUUGGGGCGGCAGCACGAGUAUUGGCUGUGCUAGGGUUACGUGCAAAACUGAUUGGAUGUUUGUCAUCUGCUACUAUAACCCUCCGGGCAACUAUAUGGGCGAAAAACCAUAUUAA